AUCUUGUGGAGAAUAUAGGAGGAGGAGGAGGAGGAAGAGGAGGAGGAGGAGGAGGAAGAGGAAGAGGAGAGUGCAGCAGGUUCAAAGGUAGGCGUUUGGUGAUCGUAAGGAAGGGGGAAGGACGGCGGAAGCAGGCUGCUGCUGCUGUUCGCGGCGGAUCUUCUCGUCAUCCUUCGCUGCUUCGGGCUAUGGAGUCCCUUCGCCUUCGUCUUCAUCCUCUUCCACUUCCUCUUCUAAUUCUUCUACUUGCUAUUCUGCUGGGGAUGGGUAGUAUUGGAGAAGGAGAGGCGAGGAGCGUAAUGACCGGCGGCGUGGAGGAGCUUGUCGAGAGGGAUCCGAGGGGAAUGCCGUUGCGAUUGGCCGGUCGGGGACAAGCAGUCGAGGAGGAAGAAGAAGAAGCUGCCGCGGGGUUGUCCCAAACCGCGUGCCCAACGAAGAGACUUCCGUACGAUCCCAAUCCCGUCCGAGGCCAGCUGGAUCCCACCCUUUACAACCCCGAAGAUGCCAUGUGUCUCCUCCGCUCUCUCUUCAUCGUCUCUCUGGAUGAGCUGCGGGCCGACCCGUCGUUCCCUCCGGGCUUCCUCCGUCUCGCAUUCCACGACUGCAUGACAGCCGGCGGCGGCUGCGAUGGGUCCGUCCUCAAGCCGGCGGAGCUGAAUUCUCCGGCCAAUGCCCGCCUAAGGAGGCUGAGCAACAUCACUCUGCGCAUUCAAUCUCGGGCAGCGGCGAUGUGUCUGAACGUGAGGCCCACGCUCGCCGACACCAUAGCCGUGGCCGGUGACGUGGCCAACGUCUUGUCCGGAUCCCCGAGCGGGAUAAGCAUGGGGUUGAGGUUGGGACGUCGCGAUGCCGACCCCAACCUUCCGGGGGACAACGCCACGACCCUCCCCAGUCCGUUUGACCCCUUCCCCGUGGCCCUCGAGAAAAUGAUAAGGCUGGGACUGACCGUGGAGGAGGCCACGCUGUUCACCGUGGGGGGCCAUAGCAUCGGGACGUCGGGCUGCGGAGCCUUUCGUCGCCGGCUGAGUGCCAACAUCAGCACGUGCUCGUCUCCGCCGGAUCGGGAUCUGCAGCCGGCGUACGCUUGCCAGCUCAGCACGAUCUGCGCUCAGCCCGCCGCCCGGGCGGACUUCGACCCCGCGACCCCCCUCUUGCUCGACACCGCCAUCUUCAGACUCUUGCUGGAGGGAAAAGGCCUGCUGACGACAGAUCAGGACUUCUUCACCAACUUCACGACGAGACCUUUCGUGCUCAAGUACGCAUCGUUGGAGGGGUCGUUGAGCUUUCCCACAGACUUCGUGGCUGUCUACGUGAAGCAUCUUCGCAUUGGAAUCAACGGACCAACGAGCAGACCUCCAGCCAGCUACUGCCUCACGACGGCCGAGCAAGCGUCUUCCUCUUCGGAAUCCUCUUCCUCUUCCUUCUCUUCGUCUUCCUCCGACGCUGCUUCCCAAAUUGAAUCUCUUUUGCUUAGUACCCUUCAGGCCGUGUUUUAACUAAUACCCCCCUUCCAUUCCCUUCCCUCCCCCUCUCCCACAAAAAAAAAUAAAAAUAGGGAAUGAAUCUGGUCUCUACGUAUGGAGUUGUGAGGUGUGUUGGAAGUGUCAAAUUACUGUGCUGGCCUUCCCCAUGCAGCCCGACGGGGGGUGUCUGCUUGGAGAGUCGGCUGGUGGUUUCGGCAUACGAGUUUUCUUGUAGAUAAAGGCGCACCCCGACG